AUGACACAAAUAGCUACCAACCAACCUUGUCCCGAGAAAGCCUUCAAACAUGGUGCAGUGGCUACAGAAUCAGAAGUUUGUUCAGAAAUUGGAAGGGAUAUUCUGCAGAACGGGGGGUCGGCAGUGGAUGCUGCCAUAGCAGCUCUUCUGUGUGUCUCUGUCGUCCACCCACAGAGCAUGGGCCUUGGUGGUGGGGUGAUAUUCACUGUGAUGGAGAAGAGUGGCAAGGUCAAGAUCAUCAAUGCAAGAGCGACUGUCCCUCAGGUUUAUAAACGCAACUUGAUGGAGCAUUGUUCAGGAAAGGACAGGACAGGUGGCCAGUGGAUUGGCAUCCCUGGGGAGAUCCGUGGGUAUGAAGAGGCACACAGGCUAUAUGGGAAACUGAAGUUUUCUGACCUGUUCCAGCCUGCCAUAAAACUGGCCAAAGAGGGUGUCAAAGUUUCCCGCUUCCUAGGAAUCCAUCUUAAGGAGCACUGUCCAUCUAUUGAUGCAGCACCACUAUGUAAGCUGUUUUACAAUGAAAAUGGGUCACUACUGAAAGGCACAGUGAAGUAUGAGGAGCUUGCAAAAACUCUGGAAAUCAUUGCAGAAGAUGGGCCUGAUGCUUUCUAUAAUGGGAGAAUAGCAGAAGACCUUAUUCAGGAUAUAAAGGAUGCAAGUGGAACACUAUCCUUGGAGGAUCUGCAAUCAUUCAAGGUCAAAGUGACAGACGCCUGGAAUGUAUCCAUAGGGGAAUACAAAAUGCACUUCCCCUCACCGCCAUCAGGGGGCGUUCUUAUUCCAUUCAUCCUCAACGUCAUGAAAGACUCAAUAAAGGAAAGUGAGAAGACCCUGACUCAUCACCGCUAUGUUAACACCUGCAAGUUUGCCAAUGGACAGAGGAAGUAUACCCGUGACUACAACUUCAUGUCUCCGAAGUUCAGGGUUAACUCGCGUAGAUUGACGUUGGAAGAUUUUGCAAGGAUCUUCAUCAACAACCACUACUCUGAUAGCGAUUGCUGUCAGGAUGAGGAACUUAAGCUCAGUACAUGUAAUGAUAGUGUGGGGGCCACACAUAUAUCGGUUCUGGAUGAGGACGGCACAGCAGUUUCAGUUACCAGUACCAUCAAUGACCCCUUUGGGUCCAAGGUGUACUCUCCCAAAACAGGAAUCAUCCUCAACAACCUACUGGCUGAUUUCUGUGGGCUUGCGGAUCACAUCUGUCCCGGGGAGCAGCCCCCUUCCUCCACCGCACCUUGUGUGCUGUACUCUAAAUCCAAGCAGGAGACACUGCUGAUUGGGGGGUCAGGGGGUGACAUGAUCACCACUAGGGUAGCAAUGGCACUCAUGAAUUACCUGUGGUUUGGGAAAGAUCUGAAAUCAGCCAUUAAUGCCCCUGCGGUGUUUGUGAACUGCAACAAUAGACUGGAGUUUGAGGAGGGAUUUGACAAGUUUGUGAUAAAUGGACUAAAGGACAUUGGGCACAAAGAAGAGGAUUUACAGAACAGUUACACAGCCGUCAAUGCUGUAUUAAAGAAGCAGAACCGCAUUACUGCAUGGUCAGAUAAAAGAAAGGGUGGGGUAGCAGCAGGGUACUGA